UUUAAUUUUAAACUUUUCAAGUUUGGCGCUUUAACUUCUCUUCACUCUACUCUUUUCCAUUCCUCACAGACAGCGGUCACCAUUUUCGUUGACUACUCAAGCUUCAAUCUUCUUCUUCUUCUGUGUUUCGAAAAUGGUGGAAUCUAAAUUGGGCUACGAGGAAAGUCGGAAACAAAGACUGGAAGAGAACAAAAAAAGAAUGGAGGACCUCAAUCUCACCAAGCUUGCUCAAGCUCUCAAAACCCCAACUCCCAAAUCAACACCAGUAAAGCAGGCGAAGCCCAGAGCUAGGGAGUCCUCUUCCGCGCCACUCAGAAGGUCAAAUCGUGUCGCCGACAAAUCUCCUCCAAAUUACAAAGAAGACCCUAUUGAACCUUUGGAGUGGCCCAGAAGUUAUUACAGGAGCUAUCACAGGAAAGAUUUGCUUAACCGGGUUUAUGCGUCGGAUGAAGUACGGAAAUAUGCCAUUUAUAGAGCAGAGGUACUUCAAUCAGAGUUAGACUCCAACUCCCCAAGUUUUGUGAAACCAAUGCUUCAGUCACAUGUUACUGGAGGCUUUUGGCUGGGUCUUCCAGUCCAAUUUUGCAAGAAUCACCUUCCACAUACAGAUGAGAUGAUUACUUUGAUUGAUGAAGAGGGAGGAGAAUUCCCAACAAAAUAUCUUGUUGUUAAAAAUGGCCUUAGUGGAGGAUGGAGGGGUUUCGCCAUUGAUCAUCAACUAGUUGAUGGGGAUGCUUUAGUUUUUCAUCUGGUUAAGUCAACUCAAUUUAAGGUAUAUAUAAUUAGAGCAAAUCAAACUGAAGACCAGGACUUGGUUAAUGAAGAUGAAGCUAAAGAAGAGAACAACAAAGAUUUGGAUGAUGUUCUUCCAGCCUCAGGCUCAGGCUCAAGCAGAAAGUCCAAAAAAAUCAGAACAACAAAUCAAACAGAAGGCCAGGAUGUGGUUAAUGAAGACAAAACUAAAAAGAACAACAAAGAUUUAAAUGACAUUCCUUCAGCCUUAGGCUCAACAAGAAAGUCCAAAAGAAGCAAAACAAAAGACCAGGAUGUAGUUAAUGCAGACGAAACUAAAGAAGAGAACGACAAAGAUUCGAGUGACAAUCCCUCAGCCUCAGGCUCAAGCAGAAAGUCCCAAAGAAUCAGAACAAAAGACGAAGACAUGGUUAAUGAAGACGAAACUAAAGAAGAGAACAACAAAGAUUUGGAUGACAUUCCUUCAGGCUCAGGCUCAAGCAGAAAGUCCAAAAGAAUCAGAACAAGCAAAAAGUAGAAGCAUGACAUAAUGGAAUAUGUGAUAGAUACCAAAAGACUAGUUUCUGUAGUAAUUAUUUAUUUAUUUAUUUUUUUUGUUAAUCUGAAGUUUUCUGUUGUAUGAAAUGUUAAAGCUGUUAUCAUGAAAGAUUUAACUAACUCCCUCUUCA